ACAAUUCUAAACUUUGAAACUACUAAGAUCAGUUACUUUGGCUUUAUAAUUAUUGCGAUUUCACGGAUUAAAUUUUCAUUCAUGAGUCAUAGUUAUCUUGAACCGUUUCUUCCAAAUGUCAAAUGACAAAACAGCAUCUGAUACACAACAUACACCAAGAGAAACCGCAUCCCUAGCUUUUAAUUUCUUCCCUUAUCUUUCAUUUUUUAUGUUGUGCAUUCAUUGCCUCAUUUAUUUCACUCACUAAAUAAAAGGAAAACCAAAUGAGAGUUUGCUCUCGAUUCUUCUCUUCCUGAGUUUGUAUACAAACAAAAACCCGAGCCAAGUGUGUUCAAGAGAAGCCAACAGUGAGACUCAAGGUUGACACGAUGAUCCAAGUUCAUCAUGCCAAGUAGCUACUAAACUCCACUAAUGGCCACGUUUCAUAUCAUAACACUUCUUAUCUGAGUAUAAAUACCCUCAUCACCUUCCUUUUUCUCACAUCAUACCAACCCUUCUCUCCUUGGUAACUCCCCUAGCACAAUGCUGAAAUCAGGCAUGAGAAUGAAUGCUAGUAAGCAGGUGAAAAAAUCUGCAAAAGCGAGUUCCAGAAAGGGGUGUAUGAGAGGCAAAGGAGGCCCUGAGAAUGCCAGUUGCACCUUCAAAGGUGUGAGGCAGAGAACUUGGGGCAAAUGGGUGGCUGAGAUCCGUGAGCCUAACGGUGGUGCACGCCUCUGGCUAGGCACAUUUGAGAACUCUGUAGAGGCUGCCAUGGCUUAUGAUUGUGCAGCACGUCAGCUCUACGGAUCUGAUGCAAAACUCAACCUCCCAGAGCUUCAUAUGGCCUUGGCCUUGAAUUUCCAGUUUCCACCACCAAACCCUCAGAUCCCUCACAUGCCACCAUCACCACAGCUUCAACACUCUCAGAUUCCCCCUCCCAGUGACAUUUCCAAUCUCCCCCCCUUUGAUUUCAUCAACAACCUCACCGAUCACACCAACAUCAUGUUCAACCCUGUGCUCUCCAUGACUCCUCAGCAUGCAAUUGCUGAUUCUGCGCCAGUGUAUGCCAGCGACUCUCAUGUCGCAAUUCCCUAUGAAUCCACCACCAUCCCGAUGGCGAUUCACCCCUCCAACCCCUUGGAUAUCAACGACGACAAGGUUGAUCCUUUUGGGGGGUCAUCCAAUGUCAUUCCUGACCCUAUGUUUGAUGAUUCCAUCUGGGCUGAAGCUGCUAUGUCUCUUGGUUUCCCUCUGAUACCAGAUGCUGCAGGAAUUAAUGAAGCUGAAACCUUUCUUGAAGUGGGUCCUUGGGACUCUCUGCAAACUCCCUGGUGCAUGUAAUCGUCCUCAAAAGGAACUCCUGUGCCCUGAUGAUACAGAUUUAGUAGUGGUCAAUAAAAGGUCAUCUCAGACGAUGAACACCUUACAUCACCACAAGUUACAGUGUUAUGUGAAUAUAUAUAUAUAAGUGAUGUAUCAAUUCUGUUAGGGUCUGGAGUACCUAGAAUUAAGGUUAUAUAGAUAUGAGUGGUGUCUGUUUUAUAUUUGAAGUUUAUGUCUUAAAAAGGCUGCUCAGGAUGUCAAGUUAACUUUAUUAGCAUGACAGGGAUAUCUGUAUUAUUUUAUCAGCAGCAAUAUAUUGGGAUCCGUUUGUAUAAGAAUUAUAUUAUAUAUAUUAUUAUAUUAUUGGUAUAAU